AGGAGCUACAAGAAUUUUGCCCCAAGAGUGUAACACUCAUAUGCUGUGCUUACGAUAUUAACCUGCAAUGUUAAAUGGGAUUCUUGUAAUCCCAUUUAACAUUGCAAUCCCAUUUGUACUCACUGGAUUUAUGCGCCGCUUGAGGGACUUGAAGUAGAGGAGGGUAGAAAUAGCCUAAACUACUCUAUCCCUUUGAGAUUUAUUUUAUUGUCUCAAUAAACGCACUUGAUCUUCAAUAGGAGUUGCCUCGUAUGGUCCAAUAGGCUUUCUGAAGCUACUUCCAUUCUAAGGUGUUCAUGCUGGACGCGUUCAAGUGAAUUUAUGUCCAUAAAUUCAAAUCUCGUCCAUAAAUCUAGAAAUUAAUCCCAUGUACCUGAAUUCGAACAUGAACUUGAUGUGCUAUUGGCUGUCAAGCCCCGGUCUCCACUAAUCAGAGGUCUGCUUAAGCCUGGGGAUUGGUGAAGCCUAAGCUACACAAGAGGUAGCACGGGCAUGAAUAGCCCGUAAAAGCCUGGGGAUAGGGCUCUACCAUAGUAUAUAAGCGACGUCCCCGGGCAAAAGUUAUCAAUUUCCUUGGAAGUGCUCUGGAAUAGACAUCUCCCUCGUCGCUCAAAGUAAAGAUGCGGAGCUUCAUAGUGAUGAUGGUGUUGAUGGUGACUGGGGUCAAGGCCUUGCUCCUGCUGGCCGGGGCGCUGGGCGGCCUAGCAGCCCUCAAGGGCGCCGCCCUUAUUGGGUACACGGCCGCCCUCCACAAGGCACAGAAGUACGAGUUUCUGUACAAUAAACAUCGCUUUGGCCGAAGCCUCGAGGGCGCUAGGGACGCCGGAGAGGAACUCCUGUCUGCCGUGGGGAAACUCGAUACAGAAGGAUGUAUUCUUAAACUUCUGUGUUAUCUUCAGAUUAAGGAGAAGUCUUUGCUGUCUCAGGAGGAAAGCGUGUUGAUUGAUUUGUUCGCUAAUAUCACCGAGACUCACUAUAAUGUCGCUUUCAUCCGCGCCGCGGAUAUCGGCGCAAAGGCUCAGGAUAUCCAUGAAUGCGAUAAGCAUUUCUACAUGUGUCCGCUGAUUCCGGAGCAGCUCAGCAGUCUGCUGCAGCAGGCCUGGGGCUGCGAUUCCUAUCUUAUUGCCACCCGGCAAAAGCAACACAUAAUUGCCCGUCGCAACAUAUAGGAUGUGAGUGAUGUUGCAUGCAUGUUGAGGAUGUUGUAGCAACACUUCAAUGCAACGGCAACUGUUGCUUGACACUGACUGCGGUCAAACUGUUCCUGCCUCGUUCAUGUCUUGUUUACUGAGGUUCUUAUUAUUUAACAUUGUAAUUCAAAUUGAUUUUCUCAUUGAAAUCAUGUAGAAAUGUGGCGUUUUGAAAAUUUGGAGGCAAUUUUUUAGGUAGCCUAAUGGGUCAUGAUGGACAUUUAGCCUAUUGUGGCCGAGUCGGUUAAGACAGGUUUUUCAAUUGCCUCCAAAUGAUACAAUUCAUACAUCACGCCAUUGUUAUGUCUGUUUAGAAAAAACAUGUAUAGAUAGUCGACCUUCUGACUAUUCAGACGUAGUAUAAUUAACUUUGUGUUUCACUCUUGGAUCAAGAUUAUAAAAUUUGUUAUAAA